CAGAGGCUCCUUCGUUCCUCCUGAAUUUGACAACACGGGCAGCACGUUUGAGGGCCAUGUUUACUCUCUGGGCUCUACGCUCUCUGCCGCACUGAACUUUGUCGUCGAGCCAGAGCUGGAGGCAGAGGUGGGGGAAGAAAUGGAGAAGCUGCUGCAGCAGAUGAUGGAGGAGAAGCCUGAGGACAGGCCUCUCCUGGAGGACCUUCUCACGCUGGCUGAAGCGAGGCUGUCUCCCACCUCCCCGGCAGCUGUGUGCCGGAAACUGUCUUCUGUUGGUCGGCGGGUGCUCUCCAUAGAAUCAGUAUCAACCUUUCAAGAUGGACGAGAAGGCUCCUGGGAGGCGAGGUGGCAGCAUCCCGAACCCAGGCGCCUGCUGAAACGGCCCUGCUGGGACGACAACGGCGAAGACCCGUGUGCCGGCUGUUCGGUCAGAGAAAAUGGUCUGUCCAGGCAGCAGGUGUGCGGCGGCUGGGAUUCCUCUCUCUGGGCGGACGACAUGGACGCCGCUGAAGGUGACGGCGUGAUAUUUGCCGACGAGUUGGACUGCAGGUCCCACAACAGCUCCCCGGUGAGGCGGAGAGCCCAGCAGAGGCCGAACAGGGUGAGGGGGGCUCUGAACCGCUCCUGCUCCGUCCCGGACUCCAACAACCCCCCUUGUCCGUCCCCGUCCGCCCACGGGGACAUCAGCGUACCUGUGUCCGACCUCACGGAGAUCGGCACGCACGGCCAGCGGGGCUGCACGUCCGCGUGGAGCAACGCGCUUCAAAGACUCAACCGGGGCCGCUCCUGUGAGCCGGACCCGCACAGCGGCGCCGAGGAUUGUGGGAACCAAGUGUCACCGGCAAGGGAAGUGGCUGCAGAGACGUUGUCCAGCGGGGAUACGAAGGUCAAAGGGUACCUUGAAUCUAAGGACUGCACACAUGAUUUGCCAUUUUUCCGCACUCCCUGUCGGGAGAUGGAGAUGGAGGAGGACCAGAGCCUCUAUGUUCCCAACAACUACAUGACCAAAAGCAUGCUGUGCCUCAAUGAAGAAUCUCAGGAUGAGUGGAUCUCUCUGAGAGAGUUACUGACUCUGUGUGGGCGGCGGCUGACGGUGGAUGAGCUCUGGGCUCUGUGUUACACCUGCCUCUCCUCCCUGCAGACCUACACUGACUUCCCAGCCUAUCUAUGCCUGGACACGCUGCAUGUGGGCUGCGAUGGAGAGGUACUUUUCCUGAAACCUAAAAACAUCGGAUCCCGAGAUGCAUUUUAUCUUGCUCCAGAAUAUCAAGAACACGGAAUUGUAACUGAGAAGGUUUGUGUCUACGCGGUUGCUGCUAUUCUUUGGGCUGCAGCCAAGUUCAGUUUAUCACCCAAUCAAAAACUGGCGGUUCCCCGUAAACUGAAGAGACUGCUGAUGGAGAUGGCAAAGAGGACGGCCAUCGAGAGACCGACCAUCGCCGCGGCCAAAAAAAGCUGUCGUGACUACUUAUCACGUCGAGGGACGAAUGCUGAAGCCGUGUGGAACAACCUCAUCAGCAGAGUCCACCCGCCAGCCUCCAAAUCUACCGACGCAGAUGGUUUGAGUGCAACUGACACUCAACAAAGCUCAUGGGCAGAGUCUGCAGGAGACACCGGCUUUGUGCCAAUGGCCACUGAGAGCCGGCUGGCUCCUGUGCCUGGCCCUGUUCCCCACAGCUUCCCAGAGGCCUUCACCUCCGCCGCCACACACUUCACCCCCAUCAUCCUGACAAAUGAGUGGAGCUCGGAGGAGGGGGGCAGCCGGCACAUUGGAGCGGUCAUUGAAAGGACAAAAAGCAGUGAAGACACGCAGGCAAAGGGCCUUGAUCCCCUUCCACCCUUUCGCUCUGACUCUCCUGAACCUGAUCUACACGCACAGGAGUUGCCUGUUCGUCAUACAGUCAUAACCACAACCUCUGUCGACAAUUUGCCGGUCAACUCUACUUCCACUCUCCCCAAUAUGUCCUUUCUUGAAGUCUCUCUUCCUCCACCAUCACCAUCUGAACUUGGGACUCGUGGCAUUUUCAACAAUUACCUUUUCCGUCAGGAUCCCACAACGGGACGCCUUUGCUUAGUGCCUGUGCAGGUCCGGCCUCCAGAGUCUCUCCUCGGGUUGGAUAUGAAUCUCUCCCUCGUGCCGCGGCCUUUGCGGGGACAGAUCGCAGGUCCGGAGAGCGUUGACGGCCCAUUCAUCAAACGUUUGCAUGCGCCCGGGAGGCCUGGACCCCGCGAUUGUGGCCCGCCGUCAUCCCAUUUCAACGGCGGCUCCGUCCUUCCUGACGGCGCCCUGGAUCGCGGGGUACCGAGAGCUUGCAGUGGACAAACAAAUCCAGGGACACAAGACUCGGAGUCCAUCCCCCCCGAAGUCCACCCUGCCAAGCUGCUCGGCGGAGACCGCUCGCUUGACGGGCAUUUGGCCGACGAACACGAGGACAUCGGCCUGGGGAAGUGCAUCUUCUCUCUGAAGGACUUCCAGUACCCGGCGUUUGCCAGCGUUGUGAAGGAGAAAUUUGGCGAUCUGUACUGGGAAGACGACUUGCUUGCUGUGCUGCACUGCCUGGUUAGCUGCAGCCCGUCCCCGCUCGGCUCUAAUGAGGAGGCUCCAUCAAAGGCUGUGAAUCGGGCGGCGCUCCCUCCACCCUUGGUAGCCGCCGCACGCAGAGCGGGGAGAGAAGUUAUCCGUCUCCACCUGGAUGGAAACGCUCACGCGUCCGGUCCUGCUGCUGUGGGUUGUGAGGCUCUGCCCUGUCAUGGGGGAGAGGAGGCUCCGCUCAAAGAUCUCCAUUUAAGAGCAGGGGAGAGUCUACGCUGCAUCUUUCAAGGCAUGAGUGCUGGCAGUUCGGAAGCGGUGGCCAUGGAGGGAGGAGGGCGUGAAUCCGCGGGGGGCAGCGAUAAAAGCCCCUCCGAAGUGGAGUUUCCUUCGGGGAAAGGGGAAGAUGAAGAGAUGAGCCCCGACCGCUCCGAGGAAAUGGAGGACAGCGAGUCUCUGGUGUCGGAGCGACUCGUCUCCCCCGGAUCCAGAGCGGAGGGGCCUCCGGCCUUCAGCUCCGGCCCAACCUGGGCCUCGGCCUUCUUUGGGGAGGAGUGCUUCGGUCCUGAGGUGAUCCAGUACGCUGUGAAUCUGGGGCAGCACACGGGAUCUCCGGGCCUGGAUGUGAAGACACAGGAACUGCAGCAGCAGCUGAUGAUCGAAACAAGGAAUCUGAAGAAAACACAAAACUUCUUCCAGAAGCUGAUUCAACAAGAGAGGAAAAACAAAGGUGAAAACAAACAGAUGCUGUCCAAACUCAAGUCCCAGCUGGAGGAACUCCGAUCCAAAGUAGUCUUCCUAGAUUGCGUGAAGAAAUACCUCGAGGUUCUCAGUGUGGACGAGUGGGGUGUGGACGUUUCAUUACUGCCUGCUUUGGCUGUCUGUGGACGUGGAUCUUUGGACCUCCAGUCCUCUGAGGACUCCUCUGUCCUGAGCUUUGGUACCAGCAAAGGCAAGAGGGCUCUGCAAGCUGGUUCUCCUCUGGGCCUCAUGGCUUACCUCUAUGCCAGAAACGCAGCGGUGGACGGCUUCAUCCAGCAGUUUCUGUACACCUAUCGUUUCCUCUGCACGCCCAAGCAGUUACUGCAGUUCAUAAUGGAUAAAUUCAUCGGUGCCGCCAGACAAGGUCCAGACAUGUCGGGAGACGCCGUGAAGAUCUUCCAUCGCAGUUUGGACUUGCUCCAGCUCUGGAUAACCGACUGUAAACAGGUGGACUUCAUGCCGAUGUCCGACCUGGUGGACACGUUAGAGCGCUUCCUGAAUACCGAGGUGAUUCCUUUAGACAGCCGAGGGGAGGCCCUUCUCGCCGCUCUCCACAGCCCCGCUCACAGGACUUUGAUCCGAGGAAACCAAGUCAGCUUUGAGGAAGAUGAUUUUUCUAUGUGUUUGCAUUCCUCUACUGACGACCUCGGGAGAAAGUGGAGAUUCUCCAGAGCGGUGGAGCCCUCCGCCUCCCUGCCUAAAGACAAGGCCUUCUCCAUCGCCGCAGCCCUGCCGGUGCCGUGCCGCGGCUCCCUGGCGGACGACCCCCCCGCCGCCUUCCUGCAGAGUGAGGAGAGACUCCCCUUCAGCCGCAACGAGAAGGGGGCGCAGCACGUGACCCAGCAGCUCACCUUGCUGCAGCAGGAGAUGUUCAAAGGGUGUCAUCCGGUUCAUUUUCUCAACUCCAGAAUCCAGGGGGUGGGGGGCAAGGUCUCGAGCCCCAACAAGAAUGUGUCUCUUCACAUCCCGCCAGCAGAGGGCAGCAGACUACUGGAGUGUGAGGAGGCACCAUCAGACAGCCGCCUCCAGCAGCUGCUGACGUAUGCUGACGGUGUGGCCAACUGGAUCUCCGCUGAGGUAGUCAGCUGCGACUCCGUCAAGACGCAAGUUGCUUUGCUGACCAAGUAUCUAUGGGUGGGAAAACACUGCUACGAGGCGAGGAACUUCGCCACGGCCAUGCAGGUCCUCGGAGGUCUGGAUAACGUGAUUGUCAGGCAAUUACCAGCUUGGAAACAUCUGUCUUCCAAGGUGUGCGAGAUCCUGGAGGAGCUGCGAGCUGUGCAGGUGUUCCUGAAGAGUGACGACCUGUGCCUGAUGGGGGGAGAACACGCGAGGAGGAGGCCCACCCUGCCGUCGGCGCACAUCCUGGCCAUGCACGUCCAGCAGCUGGAGAUCGGAGCCUUCACGCUCACUACUGGAGCUUACAAGUGGACCAAGCUCAGGAGCAUAGCAAAGGUUGUGAGUCAGGUCCACGCCUUCCAGGAGGCUGUGUACCCCUACAGCCCCGACCCGGAGCUGCAGGCCUACCUCCGGCGCCGCAUCGCCCGACUCGCCACCUCUGACAUCCACCUCUUGGCCGCCGAGAACGACAGCAACUUCCAUCAGUCCAGCGAGCGCCAAACGCGGAGGAUCCAGGACCAGCUGAGGAGGGUCAAGGCCACUUUCCAAUGAGCCCUGACCCAGUGGAGAACUGGAAAACUUUGUCAAAUGUCCAGAGUUGGUCAAGGGGCCCAUAGCUAAUGUCAGUAAAUCAGUUCAUACUCUCGGGCAAACUUUAUUUAAAAACCCCAAGAGGUAGUUUGCCACAGUUAAUAUUAGCAAUUUGGGGGAAGAUUUUCAUUUUCAAUGAUUCUUGACUCAUAUACAGACAUUUUUAAUCAUUAUUUGUGAUUGAUCUGACACAGAAAACUUGGGAAAGUGUGUCAUUCAAUCAGGGGAACAUUGGGGAGAUUUCAUAGAAAAGUGACUGAUUUGGGAAGCGAGACAAACCUGUAUUUAAUUUAAAGUGUUUAUUGAUCAGAUAUUUUGCUAACAUACAAAGUGUAGUUGCUCUUUAUUGAACAAAUGAGAUUUAUAGGACUAUUUGUAAAUUGAUAUCUCAAUUUAAAUCCCAUUCAAACAGCAAAUGGUGAUGUGAUUUAUUAUCAACAAAUGUGUCAUGCAGGGCCAAAGCAAUGCCUCUGUCAGAGAAAAAAAUACAACCUAAUGAGAUGUCAUUGAGGGAGGAUGCUCGGUUUUUCUAUUUUCUUGUUCUCUCUCCCUCUCUGCCUCUCUCUCUCUCUCUCUCUCUCUCUCUCUCUCCCCUCUAACGGUCUUCUGCCACCAAGCACACUGGAGAUGGAAUGGAAGAUUUGCUUAAUUCAGGCCAAAUAAAUGCGAUUUUAUAAGCCACCUCUUGCCAAAGUGCGUUAAUGUCAGACGGUGUCCAUGGUUCCGUGGCAGGUUACACAACAGUGGUCUGUUUGGGAAUGUGAAUUUUUUUUAAGGGCGCUCUCGUGUAGGGAGACAAAGUACAGCAUUGUGAACUUUAACGUGCUUUCUGGCAUUUGCUCGCCUUAAUCUUCAGUGGAGGAUUCGUGUAAUGGUUACGUUGUAUUUCAAGCCAUUAAGACGAUUGCAUGUGCAAAGCUGAAGCACCUUAAUGUUUCAGCUUGCACAUCUGAUGAAGAGGAUUACAUACAUUUUUGUGUCAAAUGGUCUGUUAUAGUUGUUAUACUGUCAUAGUUUAAUAACUUAAAUCAAAUUGUUUGUAUUUGUGAUUUGAGAGGGUGGUGCAUCAGAGCAACUCCAACACUGAUGUCAGUCAUUUUGAAUGCAAAUUGACUGAUUAUGGCUAUUUCAAGCGGGUAUUUCUAGUUGUACUAUAAAUAAAGGACUGACUACACCA